AGGUGUCGCCCGCCCGAGGAGCUCCGUGUUGACCCGGUGAUGAACGACCUGCCGGGGUCGACGGAUCGGGGUCACUGGGCUCCAACAUGGCGUGGAGGAGCUGUUCCGUCCUGCUCAGACUGACCGGAGAAGACGCUCUACGGAGCUCCGCGAGGGGCGGCAGCAGGUGGCCUCAGAGCUUCCAGCAGAGAUGUGGCUUCAGGAAAGCCGGCAGAAAACCAGAAUACAAGAAGGCGGAGGAGGAGCCGGGACCCCCCCACUCAGAAUCCUCUGACGCCGUGGUCCACCGACGGACCCCCACCCCCCACUGGGACCAGCAGGCUCCACCCAGCUCCCCCCGGGCCUUCAGUCGGCUCAUCAGACCGCUGGUCUUCACCGUGGGGUUUACAGGCUGCUCCUUCGGCUCGGCGGCCAUCUGGCAGUACGAGUCCGUCAAGUUUCGAGUCCAGAGCCUCUUCAGCGAGAUCAAAGCUGAUUGGCUGGAGAAGCUGCACCCUCAGAAACGGGGAGACGUCCGCAAAGAGAUCAACCAGUGGUGGAGCAGCUUGAGUGAGGGUCAGAGGACGGUCGCAGGGAUCAUUGCUGCUAACGCCGCUGUGUUCUGCUGUUGGAGAGUGCCGUCUCUGCAGCGCUCCAUGAUCAAAUACUUCACCUCCAACCCGGCCUCCAAGACUCUGUGCUCUCCGAUGCUUCUCUCCACAUUCAGUCACUUCUCUUUCUUCCACAUGGCUGCCAACAUGUACGUCCUCUGGAGCUUCUCCACCAGCGCCGUCUCCAUGCUGGGCAAGGAGCAGUUCCUGGCCGUCUACCUGUCUGCAGGUGUCGUUUCUACGUUCGUCAGUUACGUGAGUAAGAUGGCCACAGGGAGGUUCGGCCCGUCUCUGGGAGCGUCUGGCGCCAUCAUGACCGUCUUGGCUGCCGUUUGUACCAAAAUGCCAGAAGCCAAACUGGCCGUCAUCUUCCUCCCCAUGUUCACCUUCACUGCUGCCAACGCUCUGAAGGCCAUCGUCGCCAUGGACACAGCGGGUCUGGUGCUGGGGUGGAAGUUCUUCGACCACGCCGCUCAUCUAGGAGGAGCCCUGUUUGGAAUCUGGUACAUCCUGUUCGGUCACGAGUUGAUCUGGAAGAACCGAGAACCUUUUGUGAAACUUUGGCACGACCUGAGGACUCGGGGAGGACCGGGAGGAGGUGGCGACCGGGGAGGCUCCAUGUAAGACGCCGAACCACUGGGACUGAUGGAGGGCGAAAAAAAUCUUUAAAAAAAAUAUGUAAAGAUGUAUAAAAUGUACAGAGACUCCUGCUCCUCCCUGCACCGGUCGGCUUCCCCGGGACAAGUUACAGGAACCAGGUUUGGAGUCGUGAUGGUGUCAGGUGGUGAUUUCACCCAAACGCAACACCUGGGUUUAAAAUAUCGAUUCAUGUCCACAUUCAUAAAAACACGACUGAUUAGGAAAAGCGUGUCUUUUGCUUCUGUUCACAUUUUGUCUCCAUCUGAAAACUGGGACUGAAAACGAUCAUUUAAUAAUCGAUCAAUGAAUUAUUGGGCCAGUGAAAGGUCCAUCUGCAGAUCCCAGGGUCCAAACAGUUUAUUACAAAAGCCCAAAGACUCUGAGUUUCUGAAGAAAAACCAGAGAGCAGAAGUUUCUGUUCACACUGGAGUAAACGAACCAGCUGCUGUUUGGGAUUUUUACUCGAUAAAUCGAUUGUCGUUUUUUUUUGUUACUGCUGAUUAAUCUGGGCUCUAAUGAAACAUGCAGGUUUUAUAGCUCAGUGUUGGAUCCGCUUUGUGGAGCUGUGUGUGUGUGUGUGUGUGUGUGUGUGUGUGUGUGUGUGUGUGUGUGUGUGUGUGUGUGUGUGAGAGAGGGUGAGUUAGUUAAAUAAACACUGAGUCCAGUACAUGUUGUUUUAGGAGUCACUCUGGUUCAGGACUUCUGGUUUAUGAGUCUUAACCGGUUAAAACCAGAAACGCCAACGGCAGGAAAACAGGAAAGGUUACAGUCCCUCACAUUUCACUUUUCCAAUGAGUUGUUCAGAUGUGAGAAAGAGGAUGAAGUCAGUUCUCUUCUAACUCGUUUGGACAAAGGCUCCUCUUUCUUUCUGCUUAUUUAUGUUUGUUUUCUUUCAAAGAAAAGAGUAAAAAGCUCUAAAAUGAAGCCGCUGACUCUGAUGUCGACUGUUCUCUGUGGUUCAAAUGGUGGUUGUUCUUUGAUAAGUACGGACAAAGUGAUGUCUGGGAAGAGAAUGCCUGAGAAAUGCACCGGUGUAACGUCCAAUCAAACUGUGUUUGGAGGUGACAGCAGCUGCUGCGAUGAGCAAUAAAACUGCCGUUUUCUGAA